ACAUAUGAAGCAGCAGUAGGGCGGCUGAGUAUCCGUUGUGCUGGGAAUGUGUAGCUCAUAAAAAGCAGCAAACCGCUAUCUCAAACUAAAGACGCUGUGAACCUCUCGCAAGGGUUUCUGCAUCCCUUGUCAUACAGCUUCGGUCUCGCGCUAUUUACGGAGGGCUCUCUCCCCCUGUGGUUGUCACACAGGUCUGAUGCUGCAGCUGCUGCUUCCUGUACUCAAGCACCACCAACCAGAGCCAAAGCCCUUUUCGCUUCAGAUCGCAUACCCCGUGAGUGUCAGAGAUUUUUUUUUUAUCGCUGAGACGCCGCCGUCCUGUGGAGGGUAACCCGACCGAGUCGGUUUGAGAACCGGUAAAACCACGGCGGCUUGUUGUCUUCUUCGCGAGAGGCUGCACUUUUGGACUAAGCAACGCAGGACACGGUUUUUCUUCCAGGAGCUGGUGCUAGCUAGUAGCGGCUAGGUGACUAAUGGCUAGUAGCAGCAGGUAGAUAAGCAACGAAGGAGCAUAACGUAAAGAAAUGUGCUGACUCCUAACGCUAUAGCGGCCCAGACAAACCACCCAACAUUUAACUGUCGCCUCGGCAUGAUAGAGUUUUUAGCACACUGACAUGCUACCGAAAGUAUACUAAUCUUGCUAACGCUAGCUAGCUAAGUUACUAGCCACCUAGAGUUGACCCUGUUGCUUUUUUAAAAUUUCAGACUGAGUUUCGGACAAAGAGAAGAUACGUUUAUCAGCUGCCCAGCUCCUUAGUGAUUUAUUUCGAAUAAGUCGUUUGGGGGUAGUUCAAGAAAUGGCUCCCAAAAGAAGACCCGUGCCCCUGAACAUAACGCCCAUUGGGGAGGCACAGGCCACCUCCAACACCAUUGAUGCUGCAUCUGAAGCCAAUCUUGAGGCAUUACAGAAGAAACUGGGUGAGCUGGAUCUGGAUGAACAACAGAAGAAACGACUUAACGCCUUCCUCACCCAGAGGGCUCAGGUUGGGGAACUGAAGGAUGAGGACUUUGAACCCAUAUGUGAGUUGGGCGCUGGAAAUGGAGGAGUGGUGAACAAGGUCCGCCACAAACCCUCGGGUUUGGUCAUGGCCCGUAAGUUGAUCCACCUGGAAAUCAAGCCAGCUAUCAGGAACCAGAUUAUCAGAGAGCUGCAGGUGCUGCAUGAAUGCAACUCCCCCUACAUUGUGGGCUUCUAUGGGGCUUUUUAUAGCGAUGGUGAGAUCAGCAUCUGUAUGGAGCACAUGGAUGGUGGGUCAUUGGACCAGGUCCUGAAGGAAGCCAGAAGAAUCCCAGAAGAUAUCCUGGGAAAAGUUAGCAUAGCUGUACUGAGAGGAUUAGCCUACCUGAGGGAGAAGCACCAGAUCAUGCACAGAGAUGUCAAGCCCUCCAACAUUCUGGUCAACUCUCGCGGGGAGAUCAAGCUGUGCGACUUUGGUGUGAGCGGCCAGCUCAUUGAUUCCAUGGCAAACUCCUUUGUUGGAACGCGCUCCUACAUGUCGCCGGAGAGACUGCAGGGCACUCACUAUUCGGUUCAGUCUGAUGUGUGGAGCAUGGGCCUGUCCCUGGUGGAGCUGGCAAUUGGCCGCUACCCCAUCCCCCCACCAGACGCCAAAGAACUGGAGGCCAUCUUUGGACAGGCUGUUCUAGACGGAGCAGAGGGAGAGCUGCACACCAACAUGCAGAGGCCCAGACCUCCAGGAAAGCCAGCUAGCGGACAUGGGGUGGACAGUCGACCUGCCAUGGCCAUCUUUGAACUUUUGGACUACAUCGUAAAUGAGCCGCCGCCAAAACUGCCUCAUGGCGUCUUCACCAAUGACUUCCAAGACUUUGUGACAAAUUGUUUGAUCAAAAACCCAGCUGAGAGAGCAGAUCUAAGGAGGCUGAAGAGUCACACGUUCAUCAAACGAUCAGAAGUGGAGGAAGUGGACUUUGCCGGCUGGUUGUGCAAAACCAUGGAGCUCAACCAGCCCAGCACUCCCACCCGCAGCACUGAGUGAACAGAAGCCCUCUUCCUCGCCCCCCCACCCCCCUCCACUGCCCUGACACACACCUCUGGGUCUUGCUUGCAUAUGCAUACAUAGUAUACUGUACAUACACGUACGCAAGCCAUCUCACAUAUUGGCUCUUUUUUCAUCUUGCUCUUGGGUAAAAAUGGUUCCGGGCUUUCCUCUACAUUUAUUUCCCCAACAGCAGGGCACACUGAGUCGUACUGUAAGACCACAGCUUCACGAUGCCAUUGUCGAAAGUAGUUGCAGCUCACUUUUCCACGCAGAUAAAGGGGAUGUACAGCACUUAAGGGCUGCUAGUGUGUUGACUGAAUCUGCAUUGAUUGACAAAAUUAUUUUGUAUUGUUGAAUACUCUGUAUUAAUCUUUUCUAUGGCAACAGUUGAUGGCUUGUGGGAUUUUAAUAAAUUACCUGCUAUAGA